UUUGGAUCGGAUUGGUCGGGUCCGUUCUUGACGCCUCGUAAUACAGUAUGACUAACCAUAACCACUGGUCAGUGGUCACCCCAUUUACUUCACAUAAUCACACCUGUUAAAGCAAACCACCAUUUCUCAAAAAACUCCAUGAAAGCAGAGGCUUAAAGCUCGAGGAUUUGGGUCUUCCAUGGCGGUACGAGGUACAUUCACUUGAUUACUCUACAAGAGUAAAAACCCCAAAGUUAUAUAAUUUCAAACUUCGUAAAAAUUUCCCGCCGAAGCAAAUAUAUUGGAAAAUUAACUUAUUAGGGUUUUGCAUUCAUCUUCCCUAAUUCCUCAGGUUAAAAUGGAGAAGAAGAUUGAUUUAGGAAUGAGUUAUGAUCGAAUCACCGAUUUACCGGAACCCCUUAAACACCAUAUACUCUCAUUUUUGCCAACUAAGUAUGCUGUUCAAACAAGCAUUUUGUCCAGCAGUUGGCGGAUGGUUUGGGCUGGACUACGUACAUUGGAUUUCAGUGAUACGUAUCCUAAUAAGUCGCUGAUCGUGGAAGAAUCGUCCUGUUAUCAUAGGGAUAUCGCCUUAAAGACCAAUGGGGAGACUAUUGUUAGGAUGAGGGAGGACUUUUACAACUUUCUUGAUCGAGCUUUUGGGUUGGUUAUGGAGUUGGAGGAGCUUAAGCUUUAUGUGCCCAAUUUUGGGCCGGAGUUGGGGUAUCGUGUGGAUCAUUGGCUUGCUUGUGCUGUUGGAUGCAGUGUCAAAUAUCUGAAAUUUAAAAUAGCCAAGUGGGAAGGUUUUAGAUAUAUUUUGCCUGGGUGUGUACUUGGUGCGAAUUCAAUUGUAAAAUUGGAAUUGAAUAAUUGUGAGCUGAAUUUAUCCUCUUUUAUGUGUACACAGUUGCCUUCUUUACGAGAGUUAUGGUUUGAUGAUGUUUUUUUGGAUGAGGUGGUUAUGAAGAUUAUUUUUGGAAUUUGCAUUAAUCUAGAAAGUUUCUACUUAAGAAAUUGCCGUGGGUUGACAAGACUUGAAAUCUCUAAUCUUACUCCCAAACUACAGAUGGUAGAUGUUGUACUACAAGAAGUUGAUUUGGAAGUGAUUAAGAUAAGUUUACCAAGCCUUUUGGAUUUCAGUUAUUGGUAUGAUGGUUGUCUCAGUCAGCAAUUUUGUGAAAUAGACGUAUCAGGCUGUAAAAAUCUGGAGAGUUUGUACCUGAAUUGUGUUCAAUUGGAUGAUCAUGACUUGAGUUUCUAUUUAGAAAAUCUUCCUGUCCUUAAACAAUUGUGUUUAACCAACUGUCCUUAUUUGGAAUAUGUUGAGAUUUCAAGUGAACGCCUUGCACACCUGGCUAUUGACAGCUGUAGGGGCUUGGUAAAAGUUAAAAUUCAUACUCCUAAUCUAAAAUCGUUCACUUACUGGGGAGAAAAUGUCAUAUCUUUGGUGUCUAAGGGUCCAGCUCUAAAGCUGGAAUAUGCUAUCGUUGGCGUAACUGGUGGUUUCCAGACUGAAAAGUGGUAUCUUGGACUCGUUAAGUUAAUUGCAAAGUUUAGUCACACUGAAGAUUUCUCACUCCGUCUUGCAACUAUCCAGGAUGCUGUAAUCCCAGAAAAUGUGAGACUGAAAUCCCUCCCUCCACUAUAUGGUGUCAAGGAAAUGAUGGUUGAGAUUCGUGUGUCAGCUAUUCAUGAUUAUAAUUUCACUAGAUUGAAACAUACUCCUGUUGAUUUAGUCAAGUGUCUCAUGUGGCUUGCUCCCUGCUCAGAGACUCUGCGUAUAUGUAAUUUCGAUGAUGGGAUUGAAAAGUUAUUUAAGUUUACAUAUGAGAAGCCAUUAAAAGGCAAGAAAAAAUGUGGUUGCUGGAAUUCUCUGGCUAUUAACUGUUGGCGGCAUUCGCUAACCAAUGUAUCGCUUGAGUAUGAAAAAGGAGAUGAAGAUGAUACACAAUUAGCAGAAUUCUUUCGCAAUGCCAGGAUUGAUGGGAAGAUGGUGGAUUUUGUCAAGACUACCGGGCCUGAAAUGAAAUACAGAUGGUAAACCUUGUCAAGAAUUCUAGGACUGAAGCAUGUUUCUCCAAAGGUCUUGAGUCGACAUGACAUAUUGACUUCAGUGUUGGUGUUAUUUUGAGGAGCAUGGUUUUGAACCAGUACUAAUACUAAAGCUCGAAAAUUAUUAGCCUACCUUACCUUAAUUAAAUCCAAAAAUUGCAUCCGUUUUUGAGUACUAAAGGUUAAGGAGCUUCUACUUUUUGUAUGUGGUGGGAAGUAUCUUUCUUUUGAUCUAAAUCUGAUGUUGGUAACAGCAUAGAUGUAGUUUAUCUGGUUACUUCAGUAUAUAUUUCUAAACUUUACCCUGCAAGUUUAUAAACCCUUUGCCGAGCAAAUGACUUAUCCCUUCUGCAAUAUCGUGAUUAACCAGAAAUUGCUGGACAAUUUUAUGGCUAAUUGCACUCAUACAGAAAGUUUGGCCUUCCCUUUGUGUGCGCUGUUCAGGAUUCAAUCUCUUAAGCUUUUAGGGCUUGUUGAACCUAAGCCAGCCCUGAGUUGCGAAGAGUUGAGGCUGGUGCACACAGUGCAGUUCUAGUUGAUUUUGCAUGCAGUUGGGAGGAGUAUGUGUAGACUUUUCUUGUAUAGCAAAAUUGUCUUAGUCAAAAAACGUGAGUUGAAAUUGCGAAUUCAAGGAUUCCUACUUUUCUAUGUCUCAAUUUUGUCCACUUUUCUGAGUCUUAACUCUUAAGUUUUUCAUGUCAUCAAUUUUGCCUAGGAGUCCGUGACAAUAUCUUUGUUGCACAUACUAUGAAUGGGGUAGUUUAUACCGAGUAAUAUAAUGUAAAAACACAACAUGACUCGGGUACUACCUAGUACGAAGUAUUGUACAGUAUUUUUACAUGUACUGUUAAUGUACCACAGUAAUUUUAUAAUUUGGGAUUCAUUCUUGAGGUUAAGGUUCAAAUCUUGCACGAAGAGAGAAAAAGGUAGUCUUCACAUAGAUUAAAGGUUAAAAACUUACCCAAUAGUUGGCCAAUCAACAUGACAAAUUCACAAUUAUUGAAGUGUCUCAUUGAUAAUGAUAUCCCUUAUUUCUCUGUACACGGUUGCCAUUUUGGACUUUUGGUAAGAACUAUGCCUUUUUAUUCUUAGCUUUUGUCCCAUUUAAUCCCCAAAAGAAAAUAAUUAAAAAAAUAAAAGAAAGAGGAAAUUAGCUUUUUUUUAUACGAGUAAUUCAUUAUUUCGGGAAUAUCCUCGAGGGAAAGGUUCAAAUCUUACACGAGGAUUAAAUUAAAUUAUGAUAGAAUAAUUAGUCAGUCCACAUCACAAUUAUUUUAGUCUCAUUGAUAUCCCUUGGUAUCUCCGUACUAAGGUUAUGGUUUGCAUUUUGUGAACAACUCUACAAUUUUUUUUUUUUUUUGGUUUGUAAAUCCAACAACUCACCUCUUUAAUCCAAAAAAAA